UCAUUUUAGAUCGCUCGAAGCGGAUGACAAAUUUUUUCGGAUAGCAUGCUCUCCUCUCGUAGCAGACCAUUAAUUUGAAUUCUUCACUGGGAUAGGCUAUGGCUUCCACGCUAACCAUCCCAUUCCAAACCAGCAAUUUUCGGUCUACAUUUUUGGGAGAGAAAAAUGGAUUCUCUGUUUCUACAAUGCCUGUAUGUCACAUUGGUCUCUUGAGGAAGACUAUAGAAUGCAAGGAAUCACGAAUAGGGAAGCAACCUAUUCAAGUGCCAUCCAAUGUAAUCAUCGCACUGCAGGGCCAGGAUUUGAAAGUUAAGGGUCCUUUGGGAGAGCUCUCAAUACUUUAUCCAAGAGAAGUGAAGAUUGAGAGGGAAGAUUCUGGGAUCUUAAGGGUUAAGAAGGCAGUGGAGACAAGAAGAGCCAAGCAAAUGCAUGGGCUUUUCAGGACGCUUACAGAUAAUAUGGUGGUAGGAGUAUCCAGGGGGUUUGAGAAGAAACUUCAGUUGGUCGGUGUUGGUUAUCGAGCAAUGUUAGAAGGAAAAGACUUGGUAUUAAAUCUCGGGUUCUCUCAUCCAGUUAGAAUGGCCAUUCCUGACGGUCUUCAAGUAAAGGUGGAAGAAAACACCAGAAUCACGGUUAGUGGAUAUGAUAAAUGUGCCAUUGGUCAGUUUGCCGCUUCUAUUAGACAAUGGAGACCCCCGGAACCGUAUAAGGGUAAAGGAGUGAAAUAUGCUGAUGAAGUUGUCAGAAGAAAGGAGGGGAAAGCAGGGAAGAAGAAGUGAUGCUUCGUUAUUCAUUAUUUGUUUCUCUCUGUUUUUGGGAUAUUUGCAUGUCUUUCUAGUAUCAGAAAGGAUUAUUGGCAUCAUAAUUUAUAAGAGUUCGUCUUUUUUCCUCC